AUGCCAUCCGCUUGUCAUUUUCGAACGAUUGACCUUGGGAAGAAGCUGUCAUCCUUUGUGACGGCUCCCCCAAUACAUGACACCCAAACGAUGGACAAACUCACAAAUUCUGAACUUAAUCGUUUGAUACUCGAGGAACAUCAACCUGCUAACAAAGACGAACUUGGCCACCUGUUGACUCAUAUCUUCCAAUCCUUUACCACUGAGAUUCCUGUGGCGGAAGAGCUUGCAAUUCCUUUGAGCAGUGUUCCUCAAAGUGCGAGGCUCGAUGGUCUUCAUACUUUCAGUGUCGAACCAGAUGGGGUUCCCAUGAUCAACCUGUACGAUACUGAAAAACAUCGGUGGAAUUGGGUGCUGCCAUCGUCAUAUGAACGCAACCGUUCACCUACAAAAAACAGGGAGCAGAAAGGAGUCGAAAGUGACAAGGGAGAGUGGAUCUUGGUCGAUGAAGCUGCUACAAAUGCGGAGAAGUUAGCCCACCGAACCAUCGAUACCUCAUCCACUGAAGAUGUGAACAUCACCGAAAACAGCCUCUCAGAGUCCGUAUCGUCUGGUGGGGCAGGGUCACUUGAUGACCAGAUGCCAUCCAGCAAUAGCAAGGGUUCAUCGGACUCAUCCAAUGAUGGGAAUGAAGUGAUGGCCAGUGAGGAGGACUUCAAUCAAUCUUCGACAGAACAUAUCUUUGGAUCCUUCUUUAAUGUCGUCUCUGUUGCCCUCCUUGGAAAACAGCCGGAACUUGCUCAAAAAAACCAUUUGUCAUGCAACUGGAGCGCAGCAAACUCAUCACGCCCAGUACGUGGUGAAAAUAUCAAACGCAAACCAGAUCUGGCCUUAUUGGACGAUGUCGAGGCCCGAUGGGACACCAUCAAGGCGGUAUGUGAGCUGACUGCCAGCCCAUACACGCCUUCGGGUACCCUUGCGAAGACUCUCGACACUAAAGCAUACCUACUUCUGAAACAUCAGCCCUGGAGAAGAUUCGCUCUGAUGAUCUCACUGUGCGCCAGCUAUCGUGAGCUUCGCGUCCACUUGUACGACCACUCGGGUGGUGUUGUAAGCGCUUGCACUCAUAUCGACCAACAACCUAACAAGUACUUACAAAUAUUCUCGAGCGUGGUCUUCGGUGGACUCGAGUGUAUUGGGUACGACCCCUCAAUCAACAUCUUUAAACACACACUUGAUCAAACAAUCAAAUCACACUCAAAUUGGCUCCCCAUCCACGUCCUGAAGGACUUAAAAGAUCAGGAAGUCAAGGCUGCCAGUGAGGGAAAGGGUGAGGGUGAGAGUGAGGUUGAGAGUGAGAGCGAGAGCGAGAGUGAGGGUGAAGGCAAAGGCAAAGGCGAGGGCAAAGGCAAAGGCAAAGGCAAAGGCAAAGGCAAAGGCAAAGGCAAAGGCAAAGGCAAAGGCAAAGGCAAAGGCAAAGGCAAAGGCAAAGGCAAAGGCAAAGGCAAAGGCAAAGGCAAAGGCAAAGGCAAAGGCAAAGGCAAAGGCAAAGGCAAAGGCAAAGGCAAAGGCAAAGGCAAAGGCAAAGGCAAAGGCAAAGGCAAAGGCAAAGGCAAAGGCAAAGGCAAAGGCGAGGGCGAGGGUCAGGAUAGUAAGACCACAUCUCAGGACACCUCUGAAACGCAAGAUGACGAUGAGUUCCCUGUGGAGCUCCCUAUAGAAGUACCUGAAGACCCUCUGCACGCACCCCUUCCAGAACCUAUUGGCAAGAUUCGCGUCAACGACCAUUACUACGAUAUGCUGGAAAUUAUAUUCUCGAGCCAGGGUCUUGUUGGGCGUGGUUCCGUUUGUUACCUGGCCAGGAAAGACGAAGAAGAGUUCAUUAUUAAGGACCACUGGGUCCUGGGGGGAGAGAAGGAGGCUAUGAAUGAGAUCAACAUGAUGAAGAAGAUGAGUGGAGUCCGCGGUGUUCCUACCCUCAUCGAGCAUUGGUUUGUUGAGUCUGGGAACAAAGUCGAUCGAACUUCAAACUAUCGGUUCAAAGUUUUGCGCAGCCUUAAGGGCACAUCCCGGACUCAUGUUCGCCUCGUCUUGAAGCCACGCGCGAGGCCUUUGCAUAAAUUCCGCUCGAAGCUAGAGUUGCUUAGCUCAAUACGCGAUAUCGUCAAAAUUCAGAAGGAAGCGGUGGAAGAGCGCAAGGUUCUCCAUCGUGACUGCAGUUUGAACAAUGCUAUGAUUGAGGAUGAUGGGAAAGACACCCACGGGAUGCUGAUAGACUGGGAGUUUGCUGUUAAUAUUUUGAAGAGCGGGAACUACGCUGUCGGGGGCACUGGCACAUUACCCUUCAUGUCCCGAGCGCUUCUCUUGCAGCUCCACCUUUGUGAUCCGGAUGGAGCGGAUGAACGCAAGAAAGCCUCCUGUUCGAAAGCAAAGGUUGCCCCCCUGGUUAGGCAUGGCUACCACGAUGACCUCGAGUCGAUGUUUUACAUCUUCAUCUGGAUCUGUAUCGAAUUCAGAGGUCCUCUCGGCAUGAAACGUAAACUCGACAAUACUCACGACUGGAUACCGCAUCAAUGGUCUGCAUCCAAAUUCAAGGUGUGCUGUGACAGCAAAACAUCAUUCUUCUGGCACAUGGAGCACUAUGUCGAGGAACUUAGCAAGCAGUUCCAUCCAUACUUCAAAAAACUCCUUCCUGUCGCGUUGGAGUGGUACUAUCUGAUGAGAGAACCAACGAAGGUAACCUUCGACGACGUAAUCGAGAUGCUAGAGAGACAUAUCACAAACCUUCCGAUGAAUGAGCCGUCGCCUGAACUCCUUGUCUCACGGUGGUUACUCAAAGGCCUCAAGGCAGAACACUCGGUAAGCAGUGGCGAAGAGGGGGAAUCACAAUCACUCGUAGACGAGACGAGCCGUAAUAACAAACGAGUCAUAGAUUACCGAUGGACCCUAGAAAUUGCUCCCAAGUCAAAAAGGAGUAAGACUGGAUACUAG